AUUUUACAGCUGUUCGCAAACAAAACAAAUUGCGCUUAGAAAAAGUUUAUAAAUUAAAGAAUUUUCACUAUUUUAUGGACUGCUGCGGCAACGAAGUGCGCAGCGAGAGUAUCUACAACAUGCUGCAGGCCCUGGUCGACUCGAAGGUGAUCAACGUGCAGCUCCUGUCCAUUGCCGUGGGCAUUUUCUUCGUAGUCCUGCUGUUGAAAAACAAUUUUCGCAGCUUCUCUGGCACGUAAACGCAUGGAUUUAAUGCUGGCCCCUCGAGUUAGUGCUUAAUUUAUGUAAUAAUGUAAUGUACGCCGUUUAGCUAAGGACUAAUAAUAAUAAUAACAACU